CUAUCCUGUUUCCUGUUUCGAGAUCGAGGAUAGUUUCUUGUGGCUGUUGUGUUUUGUUAAAUUAAUAUUGAAAUCAUAUCAUACAAACAAGAAUGAUUUAACACGAAAAAUUUUACUUGACUGACAAUUUUAUGUGAAUUUUCUGAAUUGGGCUCACUCAGUAAGCAGAACUUCCGCCAGGAUAUUGAUAUGUACUGGCCAAUUUUCUAAGUCUAAAUAAACCAAACUAUAUUCUAAACUCUUGCACUGAUCUGCGAGGCAACUGACUACUAGAUUUAGUAGAGCUGUCCAGGCUGAUUCACCAUUCACUUCAGUGUCUUCAUUCAUCUAAUCACUCACUGAUCCAUUCUUCAUGAUAGGAUUGGACAACUAAUAGUAGUUCUGAAUCUGAUCACCACUGGCUAAUAUCAUACUAAUAUGAAUAUGAUAUUUGCCAACUGCCAAUGCAAUGAUUAUGAUUCAAUGCAAUGAUUCAAUGCAAUUCAAAUUGAAAUAGUAAGGAAAGGAGAUGAUAUUCAAAACUGACUUUGAUUCCAGGGCAAUGACUUAUUUAGGCUUAUAAAUGAUUUACUUACUUAUUUCUGUUACUGUUGCAACGAAUAAUAGACCAGACUGACCAGAUGUGAAUUUCAGUUAAUUGAGAGAUUGUAUUGACAGUAUUCAGUAGUGAAUAAUAUGAAUAUGGUGGCUAGUACUAGUAACAUUUUAGACUUAGUUAACUUAGUAACUUACUGUUAUUGCUAGUCCAUGUACUAUUUAUCAUAUUCAUAUUGAUUGUCUUUGUAUGCAACUUAUAUUUAUGUGUGUCUUACUAAAAUGAAUUGGAUAUUUUUUGGUAAAGUAACUUUAACUGACUUAAGGGUUUGUAUGACAUACAAAUUAAAUUUUAAACAAAAGUGCACAAGCCACAAUUGUCAAUCCAUACCGUCGCAAGAAGACAAUUGACAAAUGAGGCACAGACCAGCCAGAAAUAUCCUCCUUAUAAUAAUAUAGCAGAGAUCAGUCCCAAAUUUGUCUUUAGUCUUUACAUAGACAUAGUUGCACAAUUUUUUUAUCAUGGCCAGGCCAUAGACGGUAAUAUUAAGGUUUAUCAUUCAAGUGAAGACUGUAUUUGAGUGUAAUUAAAUUUUUAUUGUAGCUAGUUUAGGGACCAUUAUGAAACAUUCCAUACAUUGAUAUCAUUUUCAUAGGGUCCUUGGAUUCUUUGGUGUGAGACCGUGGACUAUUUCAUAAUUGCACUCAUUACUUUAUCUAGCUGAGGGCCUUUCCUGGGCUAACAUGUGGGAACUUAUCUAUUAAAUAUGCAAUUGUGACAAUGAUUUCAUUUUAAUUUUUUUGUCUUGUCAUCAGCAUAUGAUCUAAUGUUUAUUUUACAGAUUUCAAUUCAUCAAAAUUAUUUUUGACUGACAACUAUGACAACUCGCACUAAUUCUAGUGAUACCUUCCUGUCCAUAGAGAAUAAGUCAAGCUUGAUAAAUAUGGAGGGAGAGCAUCUUUAUAGGUAAUUAAGGUGCUAAAUGCUUUUAAAAGAGUGGACAACACACUGAUAAUGAAUCAGUUUGACUUAGUUUAUAACGUCUCAGGAUGAGUUCACAAUUAUCAAACUCCUGCUGUAGGUAAUUUUACUGAACAAGCAGUUUGCUAAGCUCCAUGUUGUGUAGGGGGAAAACACUACAUAAUGUAUGCUUUUGUCCUUCCACACUGGAUGACAACAAUUAGUAACAACGACAGGUGAAAUGCUUGAGUUCUUUAUAUUUACACAAUCAGCAUCCCAGUACCUACAAUUUCAACACACUACUUGAAAAACUAGAACAUACACAACCCCGAAAAAUAACACAAUUUCUCAGCAGACGUGCUUUCAGACUCAACCUUGCAAAGACUGACACCUGAUCCAAUGUUUAUUAAAACAUAUGGAAAUACAUGAGAGUCGACACCUUGAAACUUGUAUUCUUGGUAGGCAUGGUACAUGCAAAAAAAUGCUUCAUCAGAGAGGUUCCUGAGGACACACUCUGACCACAAUUACUAACAAUAACUAGCAGUAACUAACUUGUGAUCCAUUUUCAGACAGCAUUUAUUUACCUGACUUGUUUACUUACCUUCCAUAACCUGACUAAUCACAACUGGCCCUCACAAAACCUCUCACCAACUUACAAUCAAUAAUUAUUUCAUAUACAACCCAACUCUGCUCACAAACUAGUUCAUAACAAUAACAAAUAUAUUUUAAAAUGAUAUUUCUAUAGAAGGAAAGCAACGUUGAGGCUGCUAAUUUUAAUUUGUUUACUUUCAUCUAAUUCUGCACAUUUAUCUGAUACUUUGGAAAUUCUAUUUCUCUCACUCAACAAGAUACAAACCCAUAAAUAUUUUUAAUAAUCAUUGGUAUUAAUUCUUCCCCAUAUCCACAGUGUUCCCUAAAAAUUAAAUAUUUUCAUUUAAUAUUUUCAGACAACGCUUUCAGAAUAUGAAACUGGUUCUCAAAGAGCUACAGGAACAGCUAGCAAUAUAUAAAAAUAGAUGCGCUGGAGUAGAUACGGUGGCUCUGAUGUUAAAGGAAUCGAAACUUGAAGUGGUAAAGCUCACUCGUCAAUGCAAAGCAUUUGAAACAGCCGUUGCCAAUCUUCAAAAUAGACUUUCAACAAAUGGCUUAUCUAGCAGGUAAAAUUUAUUUAUAGAUUAUAUACUUCUCCAGACUUUUGAAAGUCAGUCAUAUUUAUUGGAUAUUUUAUGCUUCAUUGGAGAGAAAUAUGUAUCUUCUGAAUAUGUGGAUUCUUAAAAAGUAAAUUGUAGGGAUCAGGUAAUAAGAAAGAGACAGGUGGGCCAGUUUAAAAAAAAUUAUAGUUUCAUUAUUUUAAUAAUGAUAGAAAGUUCAAAACCAAACUUUUAAAUUAUUCUGUUUAUUUGUGUUUUGAUAGUUACAUGAAAAUUUCAUGCAUUUUCAUUAUCUUUAUUAAUUUGUUAUGGCUAAGGUGGCACAACAACUUUUGAAACUUAAAGUUGCCCUCAGUCAAGAGAAAUAAGUUUCUCUGACCCUUGUAAUGCAAUGAUUAAUUAGUUUCAUAUUCUUUUAAAUUUACAUAUAUUAAAACUACAUUUGACACAUUUGUCAAUUUUUCUUAGUGUAAACAUUGAGGAAACAGAGGUAUAUGUGCCAGGCGCUUCCAAGCAAACUUUAGAUAAUUUGGCACGCGAAAACGCACGAUUACGCAGCCAAUUAAAAAACAAUGAGGGCCAAAAUGGAAAGAGGUCAUUAGAGGUAUAUUACAUUUUAUAAAACUUGUCCAGUGAAUAAUUUUUUGAUUGUAUUAUGUUCAGUUUGUUUAAGCUUGAAAUUUUUUUAAAUUGCAUUCUUUUAAUACUUAAUUUUUUGCCAAACUAUUUUUCCAUAUUAUAAACCAAAGCUAUUGGAUGUAGAUUGAUAGCUUUCUUAAUCAUAAUUUAUGCUAUACAUUUUGUUUAAUACCCCAAAUUUAGUGGUUAAUUUUUGCUUAUCUUAACAGGAUCAUUAUUUAAGUAAGGAUGUUCUUGAGAAUUUUGAGGCAGAAAACAAGCAGUUAAAAGAACAGCUACAAGAGUCAGAAAAUCUAAGACUUGGUUUAGCCAAUCAGUAUAAGGCUAAUAUUGAAAAAUUAAAGGCAGAAUAUGAGUUACAAUUGCAAACACUGGAACAAGCUCUCAAAGAACAAUUACAGAAGAAACGAAGUUAUAGUAAAGAUGAAGAUGAGAGAAAAGAAAUAGGAUGUCAAACAGCAGAAGAACCUCCAAGUAAAAUAGAGGAACUUAGAGAAUCACUUAAACAUUUGUCCCGACAGUGCUUGGAUCUUGGCAAUGAUUUAGAAAAUAUUUAUCUAGUUGAAAACUAUCAUACAAAAGAAAACUCACAAGUUAAGGAAAAGGUAAAAAAAAAAUUUUUCCAAAAUCUUAAAAAAUCAAAGUUUGUCAAACUCAAAUAUUUCAUAACCUCAUAGUAAUGAUAAUUUCAUAUUUUAUCCUUAACAUAUUUCACCAUGUUCUUUAAGAAUUAUUUGAACAAUUUAUUAACAUAUUUUAACAUUUUUCAGAUGUCUGGGGUAAGUGAGGAAGUUUAUGCAGAUUUGGAAAGGAGAUUAAAUCAGGUAUAUUGUCGUCACUGGCCUCUUUCAUAUCAAUGAAGCACAUAAUUGUCAAUUCCUUAUAAAUAAAGUUGUAACAUCAGUGCCUAGUAACAAUCUGAUCAAUAAACUCAAAAAAUUUUCAAAAUAAAAUUCUACUCAUUUUAUAUAUUUUGCACUGUAAAAAUGAACCCUCGUGAUGAAGGCAGUCAAUAUGUAACUUUAAUUAAGUUUGAUUUCUUAAAAAUUUUAUUUAGAUGAGCACAUAUGACGUAACUUAAUUAAAUAGUUAAUUAAAUAUAUUGAAGCCAGUGUUAAAAGUUGCAUAUCCACAAUAAAUCUGUUGAAUGUGAUUUAUAGUAAUGUAGUUGUCUUUUAAAUGGAAGAUCCCUAUUGCUAACCUUAUUAAAGGAACAAAACUCAUUUGAUUAUUGAUUUAUAAUUUUAAACCAAGAAUAAUUUAUUAUUUUAUCAAUUAUCAUCCUGGGCCAUUUGGGCAUGUGCCCAUAGACCUGCUUUUUAUUACUCAAAGACAGAUCUGGAAUCAUUUCCUGUUUUGUCAUAUAAAUAAGAUUGCACUCAGAACAUAAAUAUUAUUUUUAUUAUUGGGAAAACCCAAGGUGAUGUCAUAGUUAUUUCGCUGCACUUAAGGUGAGACGCAUUAUAAAUCAUUAAUUGGAAAGUAAAUAUUUUAUAAAAUUGAAAAAUUACGUUAAAAACAUACAGGUUGUCAUGAUGAAUCAGCGGUGGCAGGCCCACAAUGAUAGCCAGGAACAGCAAGUUCAUUUACUUGGUGCCAGAAUAGCAGAGCUGGAAGAUAUUAAUCAGGUAACAAAUUGGUGCUACACAAAUACAAAAUUAACAAUAAGAGCAAAAAUUAAACUAAAAAAGUUGCAAAACGUUUUUAAGUUAAGAGCUUAAUUCAUAUAAAACUAAAUUAAACUAAAACAUUAGUGACAAUUAUUCAUAUAGGUUGGUGCUGUUUACCUUUGCUUUGAGCUAAUUUUACCAGCUUGUUCUUUGCAUUCAUAAUUUUAAUAUAUACACAUUAACUCCUGUAUUUUUAUAUAGUCAUCAAAAGAAUUUGAUAGCACCCUGACAGUUUUAUUUUGCUUUUAUUUUAAUUACCAUAACUUAAUGGUUGCCUUUUUUUUGGUGCUUCUUUCUAAGGACAUGGAAAAUUUAAGAGCUGAGACAGAGAUCUUGAGAUUAGAAAACCAAAGAUUGAAAUAUGAUGUGGAGAACCUGACACGAGAAUCCAAACAACGGCGUCCACAGCCAGAGAUGGACCACGGCCUAGUUGAAAUAUUGAAGCAGCAAAUUCAAGUUUGCACUGAAGACUUCAACACUGAAAGAAAAGACAGAGAGCAAGCAGUGAACAGGGCUAAAGCUUUGCAAGAUGAGGUUAAUAGGUUGAAAAAUGAGGUGAGCAAAUAGUACAAAUUAUUUUAGAAUUUUUAAAAAACAUACAUCUCUGGCUCUGGAGUGAAUAAUUUAUUUUGAUUUAUCACUUCCCUGAUUACAUUGUUUUUUUCUUUCCUACAGAGGGAUCUUCUUAAGCAGGAAGUGGAAAUGUUCAAAGCUAACAAGAGUCCUCCUGAGGUAUUAAAAUUAAGUCACUUUUAACUUUUGGAUCCCUGAUAUUUUUUUUUUAUGACAAAAAGUGGUUUCAAUGUGAUAUAUAGAAGGGAUUAAUAGUGAGUUUUUCAGUAUUAAAGAUGUUCAAUAUUUUGGGGCAGUAUUUUCAAUGAGUUAAGGGUGCACUUUUGUCUAAAUUGAAAAAAAUGUAAAUAUACAGAUACAGAAUUCAAUUCAUAGAAAUAUGUCUUGAAUGAGUAAUUUAUACAAGUAAGCUGUUUAGCACAGAAAUGUACCAAUAUGACUAUUAAUAAACAUCUUAAUAGCAAAAUUUACUAUUUGUGUUGGGUAACCAUUGUUAAAUUUACAUGAACCACAAAACUUAAUAUCUGAAAUAUAUUUACGGGUAUAACAUUACAUUGGUGACUUCUGUUUUUUUACAAAGUAAAAUGGCUUUCAUAUAAAAUAGACUGUGGUGAUUUAUUUCUAACAAUAUGUAAUCAUCAUUCUUCAGACUCCAGUUGAUAGGCGGAUCCCUGGAUAUCAACCAAUAGCCAAUUUAAACAGAUACAAAAUGAGAGGUGUGGACUAUAAUAUGCAGAGAGUUCCACCUCAUUUGUCUCCAGCUCCAUAUUGGUCUAGCGGACCCUCACCGUCAUCCUCCAUUUCACCUGUCACGUCACCAGUACCAAUGUCAUUUUCAUCUAAUUCCAUGGCAGGAGAUAGAUCUUCAUCCUAUGCUCCUAGCUCACAGGACAGUGCUGUUGGACUUAGUACCAGAGGUGGUGCCCAAAGACCUCCUGCUGGUCAUACUGAUACAAACUUUCAUAGUAUGCCCAGAGCCAUGCGCAGCUCCACUCCUGACAAUAGUCAGAUCUCUGGUAUUUCUCAGCAGCAUGACUCUGGUAAUGUUUCAAUGCCUGCGGUUAGUAGAAAGACUAGUAGUACUUCUAGCAGUGGUAAGACUAAAGGUGACUAUUUAACUUGCCCUAAAUGCAAUCAAGAAUUUUCAGAAAAACAGGAACAAGAUCUUUUAGCCCACAUUGAACAAUGUAAAGAUUAAGGGAUUUUAACAUAUGACAGCAUGCCAAUAUGGCAUCCACAGACAGCCGUGGUAUAUUUUGUUUUCAAAAUUAUAAGAUACUAUUGAUAACAUCACAAAUAUCUGUGGUACCCUGUCCCAACCAAGGAAGAUAUAACUAAUUCUUUGAUUACCCUCGAAACUAGCAACUGAAGCCAUAAAAUGAAUUUCAAUUAAAGCAUAUAAUUCAUUUGAUUGGUAGUUGUGCUACUGUUUUAUAUCGUGGUGACUCCCAAUAAUAGUAUCUUCCAUGUCAGGACUUCCCAUCCAGGCUUCAUGUCCACCAAACUUUGGCAUUAUCUUUAAUGGCCAAAUUGUGGAAAUGUUUUCCAUUCCUGCACACAUUUGUGUGUUGUGUGUGCAUCACAGUCCUUCAAACGAACCGGACUACUUCCAUUGUUAUGUUGUAUUUCUACAACCACACUCACCUCUUACUGAAUGACAUCCUAAGUGAAGACAAAUAACAUUUAGUUAAAUUUAUGGAUUAGAUAAAAGUUGCAAUUUUAAUAAUUUUUUUUAAAAUUAGACGGAACUAGAACUAUGGUUCAUAGUAUGAGUGAAUAACAGAUGCAUUUGGCAUAAUACCGGUACUAUUAAUACUUUAACUAUUAGUAAAAAAAAUUCUUUUUAAACAGAUACUUUCCAAAUGUGUCCAUAUUAGAUAAGAUUCUUUUAUUGAUCCCAAAAAUAGAAAUGUUUUUUUAUUAAAAUGUAGAUGUUUUAUUGCAUCACAUAAACAAACACAUAUUUUAACGAAGACAUUUUCUAAUUAUACCAAUUUAAACACAAUACAUCUAAAGUAUUUCUUUAGAGUAUAAAUAAACUAUCAAUGAACUCCCUAAGUGACAAUAAUGACAUUAUUAUUGAUCAUUUAGAUUUGGGGGAGCUCUGUGGUAUAUUCAUACAGACUGGGGGAAACAAUUUUUUUCUUUCCAUCUUUUGGCCCUUACUUUUUUUUAGAAAGAUUUUAGGUAUGUUAUCUGUGAUGGUGAUCAUCCAAAAAUUUUUUAGUUUUAUAACAGCAUCUUUCUUCAAAAAGUUCUUCAAUUGAAGGAUGUUUAGUUUCUUGAUAAGUCUAUUUAAUGUGUGUGAGAUGUCAGGUGAGGAAUUCCCUCAUGUCAGGUGAGGAAUUCCCUCACCAUCAGUUAAUAUAGAAGUUCAUUAAGCAGGCAUUUGUCGCACUGUAGGAUAACUUGUUGGUUCACAAUUUUUGAAGAUAGAAAAGUUUUUGCUUGACUUUUCUAUACAGAAUUUGGCAGUGGUAGAUUAUUAUUAAUGGUGACACCUAGGUUCUUAUCUGUCUGUACUUGCUCUAUACUGUGAUUUUUUUUAUUGUGAGAUCUGCAAUUGGGUGAUUUCCCCCUCUGGAAAUCGACAACCAUUUCUUUCAUUUUUGAAACAUUAAGCUGAAGAAAAUUUUCAUCACAUCAACUGAUAAAGCUUGUAACCUAGUUGCUGUAUAAGCUUUCCCCUUAAGAUAUAAAGCCAACGAUGGUGGUAUCAUCAGCAAAUUUAAUUAUUGGAAUGGUUUUGCUUGGCCUCUGGAUAUCAUUGAUAUAUAUUGUGUACAGGACAGGGGAGAAAAACCCAACCUUGUGGCGCUCCCGUACUUACUUCUCUAGUUAAUGAUAUUUGAUCAUUCACCUUCACAUACUGUGGGGGAUUUGUUAAAAAGUUUGGUAUCCACGCUUGAAUAUUUGAAUUCGCACCUAACCAAGAAAGCUUUUUAAUCAUAAGGUGUGGGUUGGAUAGUGUUUAUGCUGAUGAGUGUCUAAGCAAAGCACCCUAUGAUAUUUUUUAUGGCUGUCUAAAAAAUAGGGGAUAUUAAAGUCUUUCCAGUAAUAGUAAGAUAGCAUUCUUGGUACUUAUGCACAUUUAUAAGUAAAUAUUAACCAUGUUUCAAAUAAUAACCGCAUCCUUUGGUGAAGGAUAUUUUGAAAAUAUGUAGAGUUAAUGAUUAAUCUAUACUUCUUUUUUUCAUCUCCUCUAAAUAUCAUGAAUAUGAUAAUAUAUCAGAAUUUUUUUGAUUUUAAUCAAGUUGAUUAAUAUUUAUUUUAACUAAACAAAUGUCAUUGUCUACUCUUUUUUUCAUGUCUUGAAUUUUUAAAUAUUUAAUAGCAUGAUAAACUUUGAAUAAUUAAUAAUCAAGGAAAGGUCCUUUAUGCCACUAGUAAUUUCAUCAAGAAUUUACUAAAAUUGAUGAAUUUGUACAGAGAAUUUUGUAAAUUAUUCGUUGGUGAUUGUGCAUGAUAAUUAUGUCUGGAAUUUGAGUGUAUAUUAAAAAAAAUUAUCUCAAAUUUUUUAUUUUAAAAAAAUUAAGUUAUUCCUUGUACAUUUACUGUAAUUUUAUUUCAUGCAAAUGAACCCA